CCCACAUAUAUUCUGUUACAGUAGUAGUCCAGAUGCAUUUGGUGAAUCUUACUAUGUCAGAUCGGCAAGUGGGUAGUAAUUCAUUCUUCCGACGUACGGAACACGUGAGACAGUGGGCGUCUUUCUCAUUCCUGUUUCUAUCUAGACCCCGGAAAGGACGCCUUCGCGGAGCACAUCAUCUCGACCAAGCAUAUCAAUAUCAUCAAGUUCUUGUCAAAGCGCUCCUAUUGAACUGUUGGAAACAAGGAGUUUUGUAAGACACCCGAUUCGGAUACCACAAUCUUUUCUCAGGCUACGCAAACUCAAAACACUCGAGAUAAUCGUUGUCAGACAGAUUUACCGGUUUCUCGGCCUCUGGUGAUCCACCGAACCCAUGUGAGUCAUCAGGCUCUGAAUUUUGCAUGCUGAUGUCUGCCUUUAGUCUGUACAAGUGAAUCUGGAGCCCGUGAUCGACCCAGAAGAGGACGCCCGUCUGCAACUUUUAUAUCAACUACAGCAGGAACUGAUGGAGUACUUACCGCUGAAGAUGCUUACACAGGAAGAGGCCAGCAAAUAUCACGAAUGCAUAAUCUGUUUGGAUGAAUAUCGUGCUGCCGAUGUGACAAUGACUUUGCCGUGCUUUCAUCUACUUCACGAGCGGUGUGCAAGAAACUGGUUUCAGGCACACCUCACUUGUCCAGCCUGUCGCUGUCAGUUUGUGAGACUUGACUGAUGUUCGGUUGAACAUUUCCAUUCCCCACACAAUUUGCCAAACAUUGGAUGUUGGACGCCCGAAAUCGAUCCCCAGCUAUAUCUCCUACGCAUUUUUGAUCGGUUAUUCCAUGUGAGUGAUGUACACAAUAGCAGUUUUUAAUUUUCUCCAGGUACCGGGUAAUAAUAAAUAGACUAUCCUGCUAUGAAAACUAUCUAACGACUCUUGUGUAGCGUCUCCCUCACUAGUAAGACAUUUUGGUGGCUUUCAGCCACUCUUUUUCCCCUCCCCAUAAUACGAUCAUCUCUCUGAUGCAACCAGAUUUACCUAACUUUUUCGAGGUAUUAACAGAAGAGGGAUAUUGUAUCUGAUUUUUCGCAUGCUACUGAUGCUAGGAAGAUGUAAUUUGAACCACUGUACAGGAAAACGGAAUUAAAGUUACGGAAAGAAUAGAGAGGUUUUUCACAUCUCUUUAACUCAUUCAAUAUGAUGAGUAAAAUAGAUGGCUUCUCUAACCGGC